CCCGUUAGCCAAGGAGGAGGAGCCAAGCCGUACAAAGUACAUCAACUCUGCUAUUUAGCUGGCAAGCAUAUCCAUUUUUCACGCAUUUGUGGUUUAAAGUUUUACCUUCACGAUGGCUGAUUAUAGAGGGAAAGCAACCGAUCAAAUGAAGCUAUGGAAAGAGGGCCGAAGCGCUCAGAGGCCAGACACCCUGACCACAGGGGCUGGUCACCCGGUAGGGGACAAGCUGAAUAUAAUGACCACAGGUCCCCAGGGGCCCCUCCUGGUGCAGGACACUCCGUUCAUAGAUGAGAUGUCACACUUCGACCGUGAGCGCAUCCCAGAGAGGGUGGUGCACGCCAAGGGAGGCGGAGCGUUCGGGUACUUUGAGGUGACACAUGACAUCUCUCGCUACUGCAAGGCCAAGGUGUUUGAGCAUGUGGGAAAGACAACACCUAUCGCCGUCCGCUUCUCCACCGUGGCUGGGGAAUCGGGCUCAGCCGACACAGUGAGAGACCCACGUGGCUUUGCAGUCAAGUUCUACACUGACGAGGGCAACUGGGACCUUACUGGCAACAACACCCCCAUAUUCUUUAUCAGGGACGCUAUGCUGUUCCCAUCCUUUAUCCACUCUCAGAAGCGCAACCCCCAGACUCACCUAAAGGACCCAGACAUGGUGUGGGACUUCUGGAGCCUGCGGCCUGAGUGUAUGCAUCAGGUGUCCUUCCUGUUCAGUGACCGUGGUCUGCCUGACGGCUUCCGCCACAUGAACGGCUACGGCUCCCACACCUUCAAGCUGGUCAACGCAGAGGGUCAGCCCGUCUACUGCAAGUUCCAUUACAAGACCGACCAAGGCAUCAAGAACAUGAAACCUGAGGAUGCCGAGCACCUGGCUUCCACCGACCCGGACUACGCCAUCCGAGACCUUUACACCUCCAUCGCCAACGGCAACUUCCCCUCCUGGUCCUUUUACAUCCAGGUCAUGACCUUUGAGCAGGCAGAGAAGUUCCAGUGGAACCCCUUUGACCUGACCAAGGUGUGGUCUCACGAGGAGUACCCCCUCAUUCCUGUGGGGAGGUUGGUGCUCAACAGAAACCCUGCCAACUACUUUGCUGAGAUCGAGCAGCUAGCCUUUGACCCCAGCAACAUGCCUCCAGGCAUCGAGCCCAGCCCUGACAAGAUGCUGCAGGGGCGUCUGUUCUCCUACCCAGACACGCACCGGCACCGGCUGGGCGCCAACUACCUGCAGCUGCCCGUCAACUGCCCCUUCAGGACCCGUGUGGCCAACUACCAGCGAGACGGGCCCAUGUGCAUGUUGGACAACCAGGCUGGCGCUCCCAACUACUUCCCCAACAGCUUCAGUGCUCCAGAGACCCAACCCCAGCACGUGGAGACCAGGUUUAAGGUGUCCCCAGAUGUGGGCCGCUACAACAGUACUGACGACGAUAACGUCACACAGGUGCGUACCUUCUUCACUAAGGUGCUGAACGAGGAGGAGCGCCAGAGGCUUUGUCAGAAUAUGGCUGGUGCCCUGAAGGGAGCCCAAGUCUUCAUCCAGAAACGCUGGGUUCAGAACCUGAUGGCUGUGCAUGCAGACUAUGGAAACGGGGUCCAGGCCCUACUCAACAAUGCUGAGCCCAAGAAGGACGCUGUGAGAGUGUAUACCCGUGGAGGUGCAGCUGCCAUCACUGCCUCCUCCAAGAUGUGAUGCCUUAACUUCCACCUGGGGGGCAGUUCUACCUUUUGCGCUUACCAGCCUGCUAUCCAAGAUCCUACUUCUAACCGUCCUUGAAUGCGAUAGCUAAUGAAAUGGGAAAUGAUCAUAUUUUAAUUUUCCUCAGGCUGCUUACAACAAUGUUCUAACGUGUUUCCUGUCCAUUUUGCCAAAGUUCACACAGAAAUGUAUGUAGUCAGACUGCAGCCCUAUGGAAGAAGAUCUGUCCCCAAACUACAUCUGUCAAAUAUACAGGUCUGCUGUCUGAAAUGUUCAUGCCAUUUUCAGUAUAGUGAUCCAUCUCUUCCCAAUUAAGUAUCGUUUGUGUGUCCGUGUUUCAUCGAAGCCCUGAUAGUUAGCUUAAUAGAGGUAUCUGUUAGCCUAUAUGCAAAAAAUGACAUUUAUCCUAGUUAAACAAACCACCAAUGUUUUUGAAUGAGAUUCAUAAUUAUUUUGCAGUUUAAGCUUAAGUUCUCUUCAAAAGUGUUCCUGUGUUAAGGCCUACACCAUUUUCCUUGUUUAUAUUUAUAGUUGCCGGCCAUCGAUCGGUGAGAGUGACUGUGAUUGAGUCAUGAAAGAAUGUUUAAGUCAUCGUCCUCGCAGCCAAACCAACACAGCAGUGCCUUUUUGAUUAGAAACGUAUCCAUAGUCACCAUGGCAUUUUAAAGGGUUUGCAAUGACUUUUAUGAAUAAUCUCAUGUACCAAAUGUCUUCUGUAUAUUAGUGUUUUUUGUGUACAUACUCUGAAUCAUUAAAGGGUCUGGGUUGAAUUAGGGCUGGGGAAACAAGAACCACUACUGUUUACUGAGGAAAAAUCUUAGUCCUUAUCCCUUCUCACAAAUCUCCCUAUGCAUUUUCUAUGUUCCAGCUGAGCCCUGGGCUGUUAGUGUUUCUGUGCUAGGUAGCAUUCCCCAUCAUAUCGCCUGUCUGAAGUGAGUUGUUAUAUUAAUAUGCAAUUGUGAACUUUGAACCACAAAAGAAGAUGCAUUAUUGAGUGCUUGAUCUUUCAAUUUAUGCUAAUAUAUCCAACGGCAAUGCUAUAUGUGUGGUUUUAGUGUGUCUGGUUUAAAGUAGUCCUAUCUUAACUACAGGGUAUGCACACUUUAGUUCUAACGCAGGACUCCAGCUGAUUCUACUCAUCGAGCCCUUGACUUGUUGGUAGAGGAGUGUUUUCUACUGGGCUGGAACAAAAGGAACAGCGUUGAAUAACCAUAGUCCUUUGUAAAUACAUUGAGGAUUUUCA